AUGGACACCAAUGCCAUGUGGACUGAUUGGUCUUACCAAAAUGAGCUCUACCAUCAACAACUGCAGUCAAGUUACUACCAAUUGCAGUACCUUCAGCAGCAGCAAAUGAUGAUGAUGAUGCGAAAUAGCACAAGCAGUAGGAGAUCAUCCACUGUGUCAUCCACCAGCAGCAAUGCCAGUAGAUAUCGCCCCUCGCUAUCUUAUCAACCAUCACCUUCCACUUCGAAUUCAAGCGUAAAGCAUCGUUCCGAGCCUGCCAAGAGAACCACGGUUACACCUAUCAAUACAUCCAGUUCAAAUAGAAUGUCUCCUUCGUCCACAUCAUCUACCCCAACUACUCCUAAUUCAAUUGAGCUGCCAAAGAGAAGACAAUCAUUGGGCAAACGAAUCAAGAAAGUGUUUGGUAUGACAGAGCAUGGCACUGCUGUAGCAGACAAGAGACAAGCCGGUGAAUUGCCGAAAUUAAAACCUGUAGAUACCUCUUUUUCGGCUUCUCCAUCCUCCACGACCAAAAGCAAAGGUCGCUCAUCAUCGUCGUCGUACACGACAUCAUUCCCAUCUCCAUCAUUCAUGGCACACAACACAAGUUUACCUGCUUCACCCAAUUCAAGCAUUUCAUCUAGAUACAACCACCAUCAGCGUCGCUCUCGACCUCCACCCUUCGCAGCAGUAGAACAGCUGCCAUCCCCUGCUGCUUCCACUGUCUCCACCACCACCUGCUCCUCCAAUACUGAUUCCUCCAUCACAACAAAUAGUAGUAAAAAAUCACUCUCAUUUAAUCCUGUCAUCAAAUUGCAUGAAACGUUUUCUGCACAGGAGUAUGAUCGUCGAUGUGAUACAGGCGCUACUUGUCAAAAGUUGACACCUGUUUUAGCUUUGAAAAUCAAGGAGGAACUGAACAAUUUCAAGCUGAAUGAUAUGUUUGUCCAUAUGGACAGUCGACAGAAUACUCAUUUUUUCAUGUAA